GUGCAUGUUUUCCAGAUGAAUAGAAUAUUCACUAUUUUUUUCCUGUGCCAAGUAUUUUUAUUCAUGUGUUUGACUUAGGCUGUGAAUUCACUGAGGACUGUGAUAGCUUCUUUAUUAUUUACAUUGCUCAGACCCAGUGCAAUUAAUUAGAUACUUAGUCCAAGUUCUGUGAGUAGAAGAUGAAUCUAUAAGGUAAGAUGUUGUUUCUUUCUUUCAACAGUUGGAGAUGCCAGAAACAAUGGAUCCAUCUCAAAUGGCUACUGGUGUUUUCCUUUUUGUUGGUUAGUGGUCUUGUCUUACACUUCUUCAGAAAUCAACAGGAAUAUCUACCUAAGUCCAACUUUCCAGCUCCUCUUGUCUUGAAGUUAUUGCCCCAGGAGGAAAUCAGGAAACUCUUUAACUAUGAUGGACUCUGGUUGUUCCCCCAAAGGCAAUGCCAAUGUGAAAAGCAAUCAGGGAACUAUAUCUUUCAAGACUCCUACAACAAGAGUGAACUUGAGGCAGUGAAAGUCAGGAGAAAAGCAGAAUUUGAACACUUCCAAAGGAGAGAAGGGUUACCUCACCCUCCACCACUGCUGGUCCAGCCAAACAUCCCUUUUGGGUACCCCAUCUAUGGGGUGGAGGUGAUGCCCUUUCACACAAUUCUGAUCCCAGGCCUGCAGUUUAAUGGAAUCAAAGUACCAUUGUACAAGGUCACCCUGAAAGCCUUAUUAGGGACCUUGAACACUCUUUCUGAUACCCCAGACAAUGAAGUGCUGGGUAGAGGAGAAAAGCAUCUGACCAUAUUGACCACUUCCCAAAAUCGCCUGAAUUUCAUCCUGCAGCAUUUGACGUACACAAGCACUGUCUACCAGUCAGGAGCUGUGGACAUUGUGAGUAUUGAGUUUGGGGGCUCAGUGGCUAAGUUUCCUGUGAAUAUUAACCAGCCUAUCAUCCCCAAGUUGUUUGACCCUGGACCAGAGAGAAAACUCAAGAAUCUGGUGACCAUUGCUACUAAGACUUUCCUCCGUCCCCACAAACUCCAGAUUUUACUUAAGAGUAUCCGAGAAUUUUACCCAGAUGUGACUGUGAUUGUGGCUGAUGACAGUGAAAAGCCAGAGAAGAUCAAUGACAAUUAUGUGGAGCAUUAUAUCAUGCCCUUUGGAAAGGGUUGGUUUGCUGGCAGGAAUUUGGCUGUGUCUCAAGUCAGCACAAAAUAUGUCCUGUGGGUGGAUGAUGACUUUCUUUUCACAAAAACAACCAAGAUUGAGGCACUGGUAGAUGUCCUAGAGAAAACAGAAAUGGAUGUGGUUGGCGGAAGUGUGUCUGGGAAUGUGUUCCAGUUUAAGCUACUGAUGGAACAAGGUGAAGAUGGGAACUGUAUGCACAAGAGGGCAGGCUAUUUCCAGACCCUCGAUGGCUUCCCCAGCUGUGUGGUAACCAGUGGUGUUGUGAAUUUCUUCCUGGCUCAUACAGAGAGCCUCCAAAAAGUUGGAUUCGAUCCCCGACUGCAAAGAGUGGCUCACACAGAGUUUUUCAUCGAUGGACUAGGGAGUCUUCGUGUUGCAUCAUGCUCAAAUGUGAUUGUGAGUCAUCAGUUUCACGUCCAAGCUUCUGACCCAAAUCAAGUUGCCCUGGAAAAAACUUACAAGCAAUUUCGAACUAAUACUCAGGAUCAGAUCAAGUUCAAGUUGUCUCUCCACUACUUUAAGAAUCAUCUCCACUGCUACACUCAGGCUUGAGGUUAUGGAUAAUGUGGAAUGGACUGAUGAGACUGUUCCGUGUACUUUACCCCCAUUUAAUAGGAGAGAGGGUAUAGAACGGACUGAUCAGUAGUGAAAUAACACAAAUGGCCCACAUUGACUGCUAGAAAAAUGGACUAAUUAAUUUAAAAAAAAAAAAAAAAAGGAGCCAUAGAAUUGGUGAUUUGGUAGGAAGGGCAAUUGGAUUAAGAUCAAUCAUUCAUUAGGAUUAUGAAUCUACCAGUGGUCAAGGUAACAUAGAAUAUGACAAUAAUAAUCUUGAUAAUAAAGAUUAAUCUUUAAUAUUUAUAAAGUUUUUUUAUCCACAGAAAUCCCAUAAGGUAUACAGUAUUACCAUCCCAUUUUAUACAGGGGAAAGAAUAGGAUCAAAUUUGCUCAAAGCCACAAUUAUCUUUUCUAUGAUUUGAACCACAACAGACUUGUUGAUAGAAUUCUUGACAUUUCAACCAUAAUACUUCAAUACCAGUAAUUCAUAAUAGAAGUUCCAAGAAUUCUUUUCUAGAAACUAUGGAAUAACUGUAAUAGAAUAUUAGUGGAUAUCUGCUACAUGGCCCAUGUUUUAACAUGCCAAUAACCCAAUUAUGUUGGCAUAGAAGUAGAUAUAAUAUUUAUUGAGCAUAAUUUGAGAUGCUACAAUAAUUUUAUAUUAUAAACACAAUUUUUUCAUAUUUGAAUAAUGUUUCAAGCAAUGGCUUCUUCUUCAAAGGAUAUUAGUAAUUUUACGCAUAUUCUUAGAAAAUCAGCUGAAAGUUUUCAAUGAUCCCAAGCCCAGAUGUGGUUUUAAUACAAAAUCACUUUGAUUUUCCAAGAUGCCAUUUCCAAAAUAAAGUGGCAGAAUGCUCUUAGCACAGGAAGCUAUUCUGUUUUUUGCAAUUCUGAAUAAGAGAACUGAGGAAGGAAUUUGCUAACAAUGGGGGAUGAUCGUUGAUCAAAAUUUGGACUUGGUAUAGUGGUAGUAGAAGAAUUCUCCAUUUGUCAUCCAGAUCACCUGCCUCAAAGGCCUUAAUCUUUUCCACGUUUCAUGGGCUUAUCUGGUAAUAAGAUGAAGCCUAUAGAUUUCUUUUCAGGUUAAUGUUUUUAGAUACAUAAAAGAAAAUAUGUAGGAUUAUAAAGAAAAGCUAUCAUACUGGUGAAGAGAGUGGUCAGUAACAAAAUAUUUUUGAGGAGGGACAGGAUGAAAGGAGAGAAUAAAUGGAGGAAAUGCAGUUAGCAAGAGUAACUGUAAAAAUUUGAAGCAAGUUUCUCUGAUAAGGGCUUAUUUCUCAAACAUAAAGAGAACUGAGUCAAAUU